AUGUCCCGCUUAGGUAACAAGUCUUUCAAGCGGACAUUCACUGGUGUCGUAGGAAUUGAGGUGGUUGGGGAGGCGAUUGUCACUUGGCCGUUCGCUCACGACGCCCGCCUACUUUUUGUCCUGCCCACCCCCGCGCCAUCCUUUCCACUUCUCUUCCUACACAAGCACGGUCUCGCUGUCCUCCGACAAAGAAUACCGAAUUGCCUUAGUCUACGACUGUUGUCCGUACGAUCUACUUGCACUGCUUCUGAACAAGCGACAAGACUUCGUCACAUAUCGGCAUCGCCCUUUGAUUCUCUCUUCUGCCGCCACGCACCAGACGCAACUCUAUAA